AUGUCGUUGGAUAUAGGAACGGGUGUCGCAGGAGAGAAGGUUAUUACAGUUGUAAAGAAGGAGCCAUCUACGUCGCAGGCGGAAUCAGGGAUGGAAGAUAGCUUCCUUGGUUUGACCGGGGAUGAAUUCGCUUGGUUUGGGAAGAUGGAAACGACGUCGUCAACGGUUUUGGAGAGCACGUUGUCUGCGGAGAGGGAUAAUGGUGAAGCGGAUGACGCGGCGAUGAUUUUCCCGAUAAGGGAAGAGGACAAGUCAUUGUUCGCUGAUCUCGGCAAGUUGUCGGAGUGCUCUUUUGUGUUUCGGCAUCAACAGAAUGUGGGACCACAAGUUGAGAUCUGCUGA